CGAGGCUUCAUUUUAGGCAUGCGCGGAAAGUCACACGUGUUCUCUGCAGGCGCACAGACGGAAGAUGGCGGACUGUGAAAUUUCUUCUGCUAAGAAAGAGAAGAAGAAGAAGAAAACAAAGAUUUCUGAUGAAGAACUCGGGGAAAUCCAAGAAACAGGAGAUUUCCUCAUCAAACCAGAGUCCAAGGUCGCUCAACUCGACACGUCCCAGUGGCCUUUGCUGCUUAAGAACUUUGAUAAGCUGAACAUCAGGACCACACACUACACACCUCUGCCUCAUGGCUCCAAUCCCCUGAAGAGAACCAUUCAGGAUUACGUCAGAUCUGGUUUUAUUAACUUGGACAAACCGGCCAAUCCGUCCUCUCAUGAAGUGGUUGCGUGGAUCAAACGAAUCCUGCGUGUGGAGAAGACCGGACACAGCGGGACACUGGACCCAAAGGUCACGGGCUGUCUGAUCGUGUGCAUAGAGAGAGCGACACGAUUGGUCAAAUCUCAGCAGAGUGCAGGCAAAGAGUACGUGGGCAUAGUACGGCUGCACAAUGCGAUAGAGAGCGAACACCAGCUCGCGAGGGCCCUGGAGUGUCUCACUGGAGCUCUGUUCCAGAGGCCUCCUCUCAUCGCUGCGGUCAAGCGACAGCUCCGAGUCCGAACCAUCUACGAGAGCAAGCUUAUCGAAUAUGACCCGGAAAAAAGACUUGGGAUUUUCUGGGUCAGCUGUGAGGCAGGAACAUACAUCAGAACGCUGUGCGUUCAUCUGGGGCUGCUGCUGGGAGUCGGAGGGCAGAUGCAGGAGCUCAGGAGGGUUCGCUCUGGAGUUAUGGGCGAGAAGGACUCUCUGGUCACCAUGCAUGACGUAUUAGACGCUCAGUGGCAGUUUGACCACAACAAGGACGAGACGUACCUCAGAAGAGUCAUCUUUCCUCUGGAGAAGCUGCUCGUCAGCCACAAGAGGAUCGUCAUGAAAGACAGCGCGGUCAACGCUAUUUGCUAUGGUGCCAAAAUCAUGUUGCCAGGCGUGCUGAGGUACGAAGAUGGCAUUGAGGUGAACCAGGACAUCGUGGUCAUUACAACUAAAGGAGAAGCCAUUUGUACAGCUGUAGCGCUGAUGACCACGGCGGUCAUUUCUACGUGCGAUCACGGUGUUGUGGCAAAGAUCAAGAGGGUCAUCAUGGAAAGAGACACAUAUCCACGCAAAUGGGGCUUGGGGCCAAAGGCAAGUCAGAAGAAAAUGAUGAUCCAGAAGGGGCUCCUAGAUAAACACGGCAAGCCGAACGGGAACACUCCGGCCAACUGGAAGGAGGGAUACGUGGACUACAGUAAACCCAAAGCCGUAGCUGCUGAAGACGGAGACGCUAAUCAGGCGGUAGCAAAGAGGAAACGUGACGAGAGCGGAAGCGAAGGCGAAGCCACGCCCUCAACCCCAAAGACAGACGAGGCGAAGAAGAAAAAGAAGAAGGAUAAGAAAGAAAAGAAAAUGAAGCUGGCUGAGGAAGCAGCGGAAGCCACAGAGGAAGCGGCGGCAGAAGAAGAAGCAGAGGUGACAGAAAGUGCCAAGAAGAAAAAGAAAAAAAAGAAGGCGAAAGAAGCCGAGGCUGGUUCUGACUGAAAAUCUGAUCCGAUCUAACAGACUGUUAAAGCUCAAGCAUGUCAGGAGAAGGCGACGUGACGAGACUAUCUAUCUGGGAUCUUUCCUAAACUCUGCUCAGGUCCCUGCUCUGUGUUCCGGCCAAGUGACUGAUUAUGAUGUAUCUAAAGUGGACUUCUGUAACCUCCAGUCAGUCUGUUUAGAAGCUGUUUGAGUGCAUAAGAGAGAGCAGGCCUGAAGGUUUUUUAAUUCUGAAAAUGAUUACACAUCCCCCUCGUCAUCAUGUUAAUUGUAUACAGACUCGUGGCUUGCAACUUUCAAUUUUUUUUGAAAGCUGUAGAUAAAAGUAAUGGUUAUUUUGUUUGUAUUUGUAUUUUUGCUUUUUCUUUUUUUUCUACCCCCCCCCCCCCCAACAGAGGCAAGAUUAUUUCCAUUAUGUGAAAUCCUGCUCUUGUCUUCUGCGUUUAUUUGUACGUUAAAGAGCGCUCCUUUAUGUUGUAUUAUGUAUAUAAAACAGGAUCAACUUGUAAUCCUAAUGCAGAAGAGCUGCAUCCAAUAAGAUUUUUUUGUUUUUUCUA